GCCACCUUCGGGCCGUUCCCCCGGCAACGCCUCCGAGCCGUUCCCCCGGCAACGCUCGGCGGGCCGGGUCCCGGCCGCCAUGGACUCGCUGUCGGGCGCGGAGCCUCGCCGGGCUCACGGCCGCCUGGGCGCGGCGUCCCCCGGCUCGCAGGCUGCGGCGGCGCCCUGGGCGCGCUUCUCGGCCUGGCUGGAGUGCGUGUGCGUGGUCACCUUCGACCUGGAGCUGGGCCAGGCGCUGGAGAGAGAAGGCAGCUGGCUUCCCACAUCGUUUCUGCUGCGCACCCAUGACAGUCCGUGUUGCAGCCUCUGGAAGCUUCGGUGCACAAGCGCGAGGGUGUCCUGGGGCCCCUGGGCCACACUUAGAGACACUUCAGCACACGUGUCUUCCUCGGGGAAGAGGGUGCCCCGGGAGCAGCAGCCGUGCCACUGGUGUACCCCAGUGACUUCCGGCUCACGGACAAGGAGAAGAACAGCAUCUGCUACCUAUCUUUUCCCGACUCCCACUCGGGCUGCCUCGGAGACACUCAGUUCAGCUUCCGCAUCCGGCAGUGUGGAGGGCACCGGAGCCCCUGGCACGCGGAGGACUGGCGCUACAACAGCGGGGCUCCCGUGUCCUUGCAAGCAGGUGAAGGACAGCUCCGUGAAGAGGGGCUACUUCCAGAAGGCUCUGGUGCUGGUGUCCCGCCUGCCCUUCGUGCGGCUCUUCCAGGCUCUGCUGGGCCUCGUGGCCCCUGAGUACUUCGACAGGCUGGCACCGUGCCUGGAAGCGGUGUGCAGCGAGAUUGACCAGUGGCCAGCGCCCACGCCCGGGCAGACCCUGAACCUGCCUGUGAUGGGAGUCGUCCUCCAGGUUCGCAUCCCAUCUAGGGUGGACAAGCCGGAACACAGUCCUCCGAGGCAGUGCAGCCAUGAGAGUCUGCUGCCCGCCCCAGUGGUCCUUGCCAGUGUUCACGAACUGGACCUGUUCAGGUGCUUCCAGCCGGUGCUGACCCACGUGCAGACUCUGUGGGAGCUCAUGCUCCUGGGGGAGCCCCUGCUGGUGCUGGCACCCUCGCCCGCCGUGGCCUCCGACAUGGUGCUGGCCUUGAUCAGCUGCCUGCAGCCGCUCAGGUUCUGCUGUGACUACCGCCCCUACUUCACCAUCCACGACAGCGAGUUCAAGGAGUUCACCACGCGCACGCAGGCCCCACCAAACGUGGUCCUGGGAGUCACAAACCCUUUCUUUAUCAAAACACUCCAGCACUGGCCCCACAUCCUCCGUGUUGGGGAGCCCAAGAUGUCAGGGGAUCUUCCUAAGCAGGUCAAGCUGAAAAAGCCCUCUAGGCUGAAGACCCUUGACACCAAGCCAGGCCUGUACACCGCGUACUCCGCCCACCUCCACCGGGACAAGGCGCUGCUCAAGCGACUGCUCAAGGGCCUGCAGAAGAAGAGGCCGUGGGACACACAGACAGCACUGCUGAGGCGGCACCUCCUGGAGCUGACGCACAGCUUCGUCAUCCCCCUGGAGCACUACAUGGCCAGCCUCAUGCCCCUGAAGAAGAGCAUCAUGCCUUGGAAGACUCCUCCCCAGAUCCGCCCCUUCCGCCAGGAGGACUUCCUGCGGAGCUUGGAGCAUGCAGGGCCCCAGCUCACCUGCAUCCUCAAGGGCGACUGGCUGGGCCUCUACAGGCGGUUUUUCAAGUCCCCCCACUUUGAUGGCUGGUACCGGCAGCGGCACAAAGAGAUGGCCCAUAAGCUGGAGGCCUUGCACCUUGAGGCUAUCUGUGAGGCGCAGAACAUUGAGACCUGGAUGAAGGACAAGUCUGAGGUGGAGGUCGUGGACCUGGUCCUGAAACUUCGGGAGAAGCUGGCGCAGGCGCAAGGCCACCAGCUCCCGGUGAAGGAGGCGACGCUUCAGCGGGCACAGCUGUACAUCGAGACAGCCAUCGGCUCUUUGCCCAAAGACCUGCAGGCUGUCCUCUGCCCGCCCUAGGGUAGAGUCAAGGGGCAAGGUCCGGGGAUCUGGUCUGGCCAAGCUUCCUGGUGCUCAGUGAGAGGUGGUCCCGACCAAGCUGAUGCUCCCUGCGGCUGCUCCCCAGCCCUGCCCCCCCCUGCCCCCCCCCACCCCCCCCCAUCGG